AUGGCGCGGCCCAUGGAGUUCACCUCCAUGGCGCGAGCGCCCGCGCGGGUGCGGCUGACGCCGCGGGCGUCGCGCGUGCCGCGCGCCACGGAGGAGGAGAAUAGUUGGACCUUGAGACAGAAACACUGGAAGAACAUCAAGGACCAGCUGGCGGCCCAAGCCGCGCAGAAGGUCGCGCAGCAACGGGAGAAGCCCCUCACGCUCAUCGGCGGGGGGGAGAAGCCGUUCCUGCCGCCGCUGCCGGCGUCGCUGGAGCGCGCGCAGCUGCCGGCCAAGGAGGUCGAGCAGAUCCAGUCCACGUACCAUUGGAGGCCCUGCCAGAUCCGGGAGCAUUGCUACGCGGCGGAUUUGCCCGGGCACACCUUAGGGACCUACGUCAAUACCAUGAGCUUCACCCUGCCGAAGGAAACCUUACAGGCCCGGGGCCUGGCCCUGGAGCGUGUCUUGGUGAGCAGGCAUGGGGAGCGGGAGCGGUUGAUCAAGGACCAGCUCACGCAGGAGGAGUCUGAGGUCGGCGCCACCGGGAACUACCAGCCCGGAGAGGUCCACUGCGAGAGCAGCGCCCUGGCGCGGACGCUGCAGAGCGCCUACGCCUUGCAGGAGGGGCUCUUCCCCGGCGGCUCCGUGGCAGAGGCUGCCCCGGCCGUGCCGCUGCCGGUGUACAGCCGGCCGACAGGAGAAGAUUUCAUCCUGCGUGGCUACACGAAAUGCUCAGUGCAGGCUCAGAAGUUGAAAGAUUGGUAUUCCUCCCCAGAGUUCCAGGCCAAGGCAACGGACACCAAAGCGUUCCGAAGCCAAAUGGCCGAAGCGCUAGGCCGCGUGAAUGUGACGGAGGAUGGCACGGCAGCGCCCCUGGCGGACUGGUGGAACGUCUAUGACGAGCUCGCGGUGGCAGCACAGGCGCCGAGCGGCGGCCCGGUGAACGGCAGCCAGCUGCAGCAGGCCGAGCGCCUGGCGGCGUGGCUGGAAGCGAAGAAGUUUAGUCCGCAAAUCGCAGGCACUAGCUGUGGUGGAGCCUUGCUCAGUGCCAUUGGCGAGCAGCUGGACUUGUCAAAAGAUCCGAAGCUACGGCUGGUGCACUACAGUGCCCACUAUGCCACCAUGCUGUGCCUGGGCACACCCCGUCGCCCUCGGUUCUUGUUCGCCCGCGGCGCGCGCCGAAGCGCGCGCCCCGAUCCUCGGAGCGCCGACCGCCAACGGCACCGCCCGACGCGAAGCGUCAUUGGUCGAAGCUGUGAUGGUUGUGCUGUUGACCUGUGA